AUGGGAAGACCAAUGGACUCCGGACUAGCAGACAUCCACGUCCCCAGCGGUCCGACCUCCGUACGCCAUGAGGCGGCCCCACUAGAGAGUUUGACAUUGAGGCAGCUAAUCCAGCGCAAAGACAACCUGGAAGAAGAGCUCAAGGCCCUCGGCUCCGUGCUAGACACUCACGGAGUCGAUAUGCAGACAAACCUCACCGAUGCCGACGGCUUUCCCCGCGCCGACAUUGAUGUCGCCCAAGUGAGAGUCACUCGAGCGCGCAUCAUCUCCUUACGAAACGACUGGAAAGCGCUGAUGGACAAAAUCGAGAAGGGCCUACAUGAGCACCAUGCUGAGCUACAGCAGUCCGGAAGUCUGGAGAAACCCGCAACUUCCUCGUCCUCGAUUGCCGCACCCGUCACUCAACCUGCCACCGCACCUGAGACGCCCUUCGCUACAGUCAAUAGUGUCGAGCCAGGCAGUCCUGCGCACGAGGCAGGUCUGAAGGCCGGAGACAAGAUUAGGCGAUUUGGCACCGCCAUCUGGUCCAACCAUACGAAUCUGCGGAAGGUGGCAGAGGUGACGCAGCAGAACCUGGGUCGCCCUAUUCCAGUCAAAGUGCUACGAGAGGGUGCCAGCGAGGGUCAGGAAUUGGAUCUUAGGCUGACACCGAGGCAGGGAUGGGGUGGGAGAGGCACUUUAGGAUGUCAUAUUCUGCCCAUAUGA